AUGAGCUGCACCCCGGUGAACCGUAUCCCCAUCAUGGCUAAGCAGGUGCUGGACCUGUACAUGCUCUACAAGCUGGUGACGGAGAAGGGCGGCCUGGUGGAGGUCAUCAACAAGAAGAUCUGGAGAGAGAUCACGAGAGGACUCAACCUGCCCACCUCCAACGCCUCGGCGUUAAACACCAAACAGAAGAAAAUGCUGUAUAUGAAGUACCUGUACCCGUACGAGAGUGAGAAGAAAGGCCUGAGCUCUCCAGGCGAGCUCCAGGCUGCUAUAGACGGUAACCGGAGGGAAGGCCGAAGACCCAGCAACAGCCUGUACCACUUCCCCUCCACCAUUCCUGGCCAAGCCCCCCUCUCUCCCUCCAAGAUGCCCCACCACUCCCUCCUCUCUCCCUCCAAGAUGCCCCACCACUCCCUCCUCUCUCCCUCCAAGAUGCCCCACCACUCCCUCCUCUCUGCGAUGUCGACCCCCAUGACGUCAAGCCGUCUACCCAUGGCCAACGCGCUCCCUCGGGCAGCAGCAGCUAGCUCAGGCCGCAUGUCCUGGAGCACCUCCCGAGCUAAACUGGAGAGAGGAGGAGAGGGCCCAGACAGGAAGAUGACUCGCUUGGUCAUGGAGGAAGAGCAGAGAUUGAUGCAACAGGCGUUCCAACAGAACCUGUUGGCUAUGGCCUCUCACUUCAACCCCGGCAUGAAGCAACUCAACAACAACAACAGACACGGAAUGCUGUUUGCCCAGAACACUCUAGUGCAGCCUCCGUGA